UAGCUACUACCAAGUUCACGGCGAUCUAAUCUCUAACAACACUUGUCCCUUUGUAACUAGCAAGACGUUUAUUAGACGGCUGUGAAAAGCGUAGCCUGUAGGUCGGGAUGCCGGACAAGGUUCUCAAAACGCUGAAAUAAAUAAUCCUUAAAGCGCCUGAGUCGAUCAGCCGUGAUGGCGUGGAGAACGGAGUUAAUAUGGCUGUCCCCAAUUUAUCUGCUGCCCAUGUAGUAAAGUAGCUUCUUCGCCUUGUGCUGCUGCUGCUGCUGCUGACACGACGCGCAUAACAAGCCGUUUAGUUUCCCAUCAUUUUCAGAGCUCCUUGUCCCCUCCCCUCCAGACACAGACAACAACAUACACCUUAAUAGGGGCGCGUCUCCGACACAGCCGCCGACCAAUAACCCGUCUGUCUGGGCAGAGACCGAGGGGGAUGAGCGCCUGUCGAGGCCCAAUCAGCGCCUUUGUGUUGCCUGCCGGUGCCGGGGACUGGUCGUGAGGAGCUACUGCGGCGCUUCGGGAUCGGCGAGUGAACCCGGAUCCAGAGCAACCUGAAGGGCGAAGGCGAGUCAGGAUGGAGCGGAUGUCUGAGGAGGCGUUGCGGUUGAACCUGCUCAAGCGGGGUUUGGAGACAGCGGACGAGAGGGAGGAGGCUCUGGCCAAGCGUCUGAAGAUGGAGGGUCAUGAGGCCAUGGAGAGGCUGAAGAUGCUGGCCCUGCUCAAGCGGAAAGACUUGGCUGCCCUAGAAGGCGCUGCUAUGGCAGCGGCCAUGGCCGAGGGCAAAGGCCCGGGAGGCAGCCAGGGACUUAUGGGGGCCUCUGCCUACGAGGAGAAGCUGAAUGGCAGCAUGAGGGUGGUAAGCCACGGAGGGCCCAGCAAGAACGGCAAAGAGAACAUGAUGGACGAACCUGUAGAUAUGAGCGCAAAGAGGAGCGAUGUUGAUCGAGAGAGACGCACUCCAUCUCCAGACGUGAUCAUCCUGUCAGAUAACGAGGCGUCAAGCCCACGCAGCACCCCGCACCCAGAAGAGCGGCACCACCGCCCCAACCUGGAGAUGUUUAAGGGGAAGACAGGUGAGGAGAGGCAGCAGAUGAUCAAAGCGCUGCGUGAGGAGCUGAGGCUGGAGGAGGCCAGGCUGGUGCUGCUGAAGAAGCUGAGACAGAGCCAGAUGCAGAAAGAGAACGUGGUGCAGAAGGUUCCAGUGGUCCAGAACACCCCCUCCUCUGUUCAACCCUCUCCCAUCCACAGCUCACAGGGGUUGACUAAGCUGCCCGUUCGACCGGGCAUGCACACAUCUGAGCCCCAGAACCUCCGCGCUGCACAGGGCCACACGGUGAUCAGGUCCGCUGCCAGUGCCUCCCUGCCCCCGAUGAUGAUGUCCCAGCGGGUGAUCGCCCCUAACCCAGCCCAGCUGCAGGGUCAGAGAGUGCCCUCUAAGCCUGGCAUGGGCCGAUCCUCCACAGGAAGUAUGGGCAACGCAGUCAACUACCAGCAGGCUGCCAGCCAGCAGGUGGCGGCCUCCCAGCGCUCCAACUCCUCCACGGCCAUCUACAUGAACUUGGCCCACAUGCAGGCGGCGGGGGUGCCAGGUGUCGGGGUGGGUGUGAGCGGGGUGGGGGCGGUCAGCCCCUCCACACUGCCUAGCGGGUCUAGCGUGGCCGCUGUGGGCAGCGUGAGCUCACUGAACGACCAGGCCAGCAGCCAAGCGGCUGCCAAACUGGCCCUACGCAAGCAGCUGGAGAAAACCCUGCUGGAGAUCCCACCACCCAAACCCCCCGCCCCCCUGCUCCACUUCCUGCCCUCAGCCGCCAACAGCGAGUUCAUCUACAUGGUGGGGUUGGAAGAGGUGGUGCAGAGUGUCAUCGACAGCCAGGGUAAAAUGAGGGGUUCACUCUCCCGCUUGGAGCCGUUUUUCUGCGCUCAGUGCAGAACAGACUUCACCCCCCACUGGAAGCAGGAGAAAAGCGGACGCAUUCUGUGCGAACAGUGUAUGACCUCCAAUCAGAAGAAGGCCCUGAAGGCCGAGCACACCAACCGGCUGAAGAACGCUUUUGUCAAGGCCCUGCAGCAGGAGCAGGAGAUCGAGCAGAGGCUGCAGCAGCAGGCAGCUUUGUCCCCGAGUGCAGCUCAGACUGUGCCCAGCGUCAGCAAGGCUGAGAGUAUGAUCAGACACCAUGCCCUCCGACAGGCGCCUCAGCCACAGGCUGCCCUGCAGCGAGGUCUGUCCAGCUCAGCGCGGGGCGUGCUCUCUAACUUUGCCCAGGCCUCCCAGCUGUCAGUGGCCAGUGGUCUGUUGGGCAUGACCAGCAAGCGCUGCGGAGGGGGCAGCAGCAGUCGGCCGCAGCACGAAAGCCGCCGGCAAAUCUACAACAUCCCUGGACUGAAUAUUGCCUAUUUGAACCCUGGAGCCGUGGGAGGCCACAAGGCAUCCAGUCUAGCAGACCGACAGAGGGAGUACCUGCUGGACAUGAUCCCCCCUCGCUCCAUAUCUCAGUCCAUCACCGGCCAGAAAUGAGCUCCAGCAGACCGACGAGCCCCUUCUGGACACCCCUUCACUCCUAAAUCCCCCACACACUCUUACACACGCACACACAUACAUGCACUUCACACACACACAAAAAUACACACAUACACACACAGAGAAAUACACACAGCAACCAUCACCCCCGUCGCAUGCAGUGCCUGUCCGUGUGCCUACCCAACUAACCCAUGAGAACGACUCAGACGCCAGAUGAUGAACAACAGACUGUCAGUGCAUCUCGACUUCAGUUUCCUACUAUAGCAAAGCUCUUUAUUUCAACUUAUUAUUGCUGUUGUUAUUGCUCUGUCUAUUAUUAUUAUUAUUACUUCUGUUGCAGGUAUUCUUAUUAUGAUUAUUAGUAUUCUUAGUGACUUGUUUUGUUUUUUUUCUUUUCUUUUUUUCUUGCAUAUUUUAUUUAUUUCUUUUGUGAGGGAGGAGGCUAGAUGCCAGGGUCACUUGAAAACGGUUGCUCUUCUGUUGUUGUUUUUUUUCUUCCUUCUGAGCUUCCUCCCUUUUGCACCCUGUAAAAUGAUGAGAGUUAACUCUCUCAUGACGAAAGCUCUUCUUUUUCUUUGAUUGUUUAUUCCCUCACUGAAGCUUACAUCUACGGCUAAGCUUUCAGAAUGAGAACAUUUCGGCUAUGCCAUCUGGAAAGUCCAGAGUCUUUGUAGCAAAUGUAUUUAACUACCAGUCCUUUAAGGAAAGAGCCUUGGUGGAGACUGGGUUUCCGACUUUUCUGGUAGACUGAUCCUAAUGCACUGAGACGCUGAUUUGACAGUUUCUUUGCCUUGAGAAGGCCACACAGUAUCGUGAGAACACUAGGAGAAUCUGCAGACUCGCUGAUGGAUGAUGACACUGAUGUUGAAGGAUGUUCUGGCCUGUAUCUUGUACUGCACACAGGAGGGGGCGGGAGCGUGGUUCUGAUGAGGGCGUUGCCACUGAAUUUAUAGAAUCUGCAGCAAAUUUUGAAACCCAUCCCUGUUUAAUCCUGCCAUGGAUGGUCUUCCCCCAAAUCAAUGCCUACGCUUUCACCGGACACUGUGGCGCCAAUGCUCUGAGAACGGCUUCCCCUUGUGGUGCCACAUGAUUGGCUGUGUAAGAAGGGAUUUAGAAUUCCAUUAUCACCAUGAACUUUAUUACUCCCCUUUGAGUUUCAGUUCUCCUUUAUUUUCUAUUUUUAUUUGUUACAUUUUAGUUUUUUUGUUUUCUCUUUUCCUUUUUGGCGGCGUCUCUUGCUGAAACGGUUGCGUAUCUGAAAGGUACUUACCACAGGAGACGAUAAUCAUGGAAAAACUAAAGCAGACGGAAACUAUUCAAAUAUCUAUAAGGUUUAUGUAUAGAUUCUUAGCAUGAGAGAAGGUUUAAGAGAAGGAGAUGCAUAUAUCUAUAGUGGCAUAGGCAAAGGAUCAAUCAGCGUGUUAGGGCAAUGCACGCGAGGUGCCUCGUUCUCCAGGAGCACUUUUGUUGUUUAGAAGAAUGAGGGGGAAAAUGGGAAGCGGGGUGGGGCGGGUGGGAUAAUAUGGUUAGAAACAGGACAAGAAUGUUACAGCUGCCAGGCUCUUGAAGGUAUGGAUGGCACCACACUGUCUGAGAGAGACAGAACAGACAGAGACCAGAGAGACAGAGAGAGACCACAUUGCAUGUUUUCCAGAGAAUCUUGUGCUAGAGAAACACUUGUGGUUAUCCAUGGUCAGUGUUCGCUGCUCUGCCCCCUAGUGGAAGCCUGCAGUAACUUGUGUAGGUAGUACAUAAGCAAGUAUGUGAACAGUUACGUUCACUACGCAGCACGAAUAUCUCUAACCAUAGACUUGCUGUUUCUGUUAAAUCAUGAUCAAGGAUUUGAGCCCAAAAUAGUAAAAAUGUUGAGAAAAGGACAUUUCUGUUACAGUGCAGUGACUCUCUCUCAGUGGACAACCGUCCUGUUACUAUAUUCCUGUUUCCUUCUUUUUUUUUUUUCAGAUGGCAGUUUGGGCAGUAUGUAAUGUGUUGCGUAAGGUGUAGCAGCAGCAGCAGCAGUGUUUGGUCAGUAUGCAGUAUUAGCAGUUGGAUUGGCUGUAAUAUAUGAAUAGGGCCCUGUGAUUUCUGCAUGUAUGUACAGGACAGAAAUGAAAAAUUAACAAUUCUGAAAAAAGAAUGAAAGCUGAAUUUUGGGGAAAAAUUAAACAUUUAUUUUAUAGGGUACUAAAUAUAGUUAGACAGAAAUCCACAAUUGUAUUUAUUUUUUAAGUUUGUUUUUUUAGGGUGGUAGACAGCAUUUAAGCCACUUGACUUUGCCCUCACUCUCCUAUUAAAUUAGCACUUGACACAAAUGCUGUAUUACAGCAGUAUGUAUCGAUUUUACAGGAAAGUGGGGUCAUUAGAUUAAAAGUUGUCCGAUUCCCAGAAUUUUGUAGCCACAGCACUCAAAUUUAGGCACUUACCUCAACCAUUCCCAACCAGAUUGUUUCAUUUAGGCAUUGGACUCUGAGGUCAGCAUGCAGGUCAAGCACAGCAUGAGGGCUUUCUGCUGAAGCACUCCCGCUUCACACGUUUCCUGAAAGAGGCAAAACAUGUAGAGUCAGUGCACCGGUCAGUGCAGGUGUACUGCUGUGGUUUGGUUUGGACAGAGCGAUGCAACUUUUAAACAAAUCAUGGAAACUACCUUUGGCUUUGAUUCGCAGGUGCAAUAUUAGAUAGUAGAAAGUUUACACUUGUGUUUAUACUGUCUUUGAAUCAGCCCCCUUUUAUUAAAAUGCUUUUGCGUUUUUUUUCCCCUCCUUCUUUUACCUACCAUCAUUUUUAUGAUUCAUUUUUUUUUAACUAUAAUUCUGUUUUUGGUGUGUUUUUUUUUUUUAAUACAUUCUCUUAUUAAAGCAAAUGCAGGACGUGUAUAGUCAGUCCCCCUCUCUCUCUCUCUCCCCUCUACUCUCUCUGCCAGACUGUAAUGGAUGCAUCCAUAUACCUUUGAUAUCUACCAGUUGGACUUAUAAAAUGAAAUGUCAUUUUCUAGACUUUUGAAGUAUUACACUUCCUUUGAUGACUCCUCUACGUUUGGUUUGCAGAUUUCAUUUCUGAUAUUUCUUAUGGGAAAAAAAAAAUCAAGUUAAAUCAAACUAAAAAAAAAAUGAACUAUGAGAUGACAAACACAAUACUUGCUAGGUCAGAAGUAAUAAUGACUUAUUGUACAUACGCUUUUUUUCUUUUCUUUUUUUUUUUUGGUCCCUUGAAUUUAAAAAAUGAAAUGAAAUUAAAAUGGUUGUAAAUUGUGUAGAAAAGCAAACAAAAAGCCAUGAAUAUUGUGAAGCUUGUCAUUUUGUUUUGUGAUCACUGUGUAUUAUUGUGUAACAAAUGUGCAAAAUGUACGGGAUUAUACUUCUCUUGUUUUUUGUGAAUGAGCUCUUUUUCGAUGCAUUUUUCUCCCUGGCUGUAUGUUUUUGUAGUAUGUAGUAUUUGCAAAAGGAAAGAAGAAAAAGAUUUUGUCCUGGUGGAGCGUUUGAUCCAUUCUGCAGUCUUUGGGCUGGGACUUUAAUGGGAUAUUCUUGUAUAUGUCACUUUUUGUGUGUGUUGCUGAUUUUUAUUUGAUUCUUUUGUCGAUAACAUUGAAGUUAAACCAAUGUUCAGUGAAAUACAUUGAUUUCUCCAGAUGUCCCACGUGGACUGUCCGCCUCACAAGGCUCAGAGUGGAUCAGACAUUUGACAGUAUUACCCCACACCUGACCAAAUCCAAAGCACUCACCUGUAGAGGCGAAAUCCGGCGAUGCGCACAUUUACCUACCUUCAGUUGUUCAGUUUGAGUUGAAUUACAGGGUGUCAUUGACCCUUUUGGGAGACUAUGUCAAUUCUCAUUUUCUAUUUACUCAUGAUUAUAUAAAGCUUUCUUCAGUAGACUUAAGUAUGCCUCUUAUUCAUGUUUUCCCCUAGUGGGGAACUUUUGCAAUGCUCUUAUUUUGUUUUCCAUGGAGAGUUGUAUACAUUGUAUACGUCCAUGUUUUAUGGAGAACUUGUUUUUUUUUUUUUUUUUACUGUUCUGAUGCGUACUGCUUUCAGUUUAGUAAAAUCUUAAGAUUAAAAAAGUGGGACUAUUUUGCACACUUUUUAAGUAUUGAAUAUAAAGAUUGUGACAUUUCUUAGAUAUUCGUUCACAUUUCAUUGUCAUGGAGUAACUGUCCAUAAUUCUCUGAUUGGACAAUCAGCUUUUCUGGAGACAAGCGUUUUAGCACUGGGGUUUAUGUCUCUCCACCACGUGAUGUCACUCUAGUUUUAAAAUUCUUUAUUUUAUAUUUUUUGUCCUUGUUCUUUUACUGCUAAGACUUUUUGUUUUUCCUGAUUUCUUGUUAAUUGUUGCAAAAUACAGGUCAUUUUUGUUGAAGUGGGAGAUGGGCUUGGAUCAUAUUUUCUUUGAUUUUAAAUUUUUUUCAACUUUUGAAUCUUUUGUAAACAGGACUUGGCUGCAAUCCACCAGUUUGAAUAUUCAAAACACUUGGCAAUAUGUAAAUCUUUUUUGUUAAAAGAAAAAAAAAAUGUGAUUAAGUUUUAAAAAGAACAACUGGGCUUGGGAUUGGCUUAAAAUGGUAAUGAAUUUGAAGCAAAGCUAAAAAUGUGUUUUUUGUCAAGUUCUUUUUUUUUCAUUUUUUUUUCAUUUGGAACAUUUAAUCCAGACCUUUUGCACAUCCUUGAUAUUUAACUGUCAAAAAAAUGGAGAUGAAAAAAACGCUGUUUGAUUACUGCCGGUUGAUUAACAACAAUUAUGCAUUGACUGAAAAAAAUAAGCUAAUUUUGGAGGAAAUAACUUUGUAAUAUUUAUCUCUUGCAAGCUAUGUUUAAUAAAGGAUGGAACAGUUUA